AGAGGAACCCACACAUCCUCCUACUUUGCUAAAUUCCAAAAUCUCCAGCUUCUCAGAACAACCAAACAUCUUCAGCGACUACGUGUUCCAACCGCUUACCACUUCAUUUCUCCCUCUAUAUAUUGAUUUUUACCAAAAGCAUUACGAUAUUGAUUUUAUAGCGCCCCCAAAAAAUAUCUUUGUUCAUUCUCUCUUCUCUCACCACCUGAAGAGGUAGCCGUAGCUUUCCUCCGGCGCCCUUUUUUUGCGCUCUGUUCGAGGUCCGACAUAUCGGGUAUGGGUCCUGUCGUGUUGACUCAGCUGGCCACGGGUCUGAGCGUGUUGGCCGGAGCCGUCCUGGUCAAGUCGGUCAUGGAACAGAAGCCAAUGGCCGGCCCGUUCCCGCGGUGCCCCAGUUGCAACGGAACAGGCCGGGUCUCCUGCCUCUGCUCCCGCUGGUCUGACGGCGAUGUCGGCUGCCGUUCAUGUGCCGGAUCCGGUCGAAUGGGGUGUAGAAGCUGUGGUGGGAACGGUACGGGCCGGCCCUUACCUGCCCAACUCAUCGUACGGCCACCAAACCGUCCCUCUUAAUCCGCGUUUGUUGUUACGGGUCUGCCAACUAAUAUUACGGUCUCUCUCUCUCUCUCUCUCUCUCUCUCUCAAAUUCUCUCCCCUUUUUCUUCGAAUCGAAUUAUGUAAUAUAAAUUCCACAAUACUUCGAGAGAGAGAGAGAGAGAGAGAGAGAGAGAGACACAAGUGGGAGAUUAUCAGGUUGUAAUUGUAGUCACACUACAGUAUUGAAAUUCUUAUAAAAUAGGAGUAAUUUAAUUUCUUCUUA